AUGAAACAGAAUAAGUCUAAACUUAAGAGACAAGUGAGGCAAAGGUAUAAGCAACAUGCAAAAGAUGCAAAUGAUAUUUUUGAAUUGAAUUCCCCUAUUGGAGUUAGCUGUUUAGAUUCUGCAUUACAGGAAAGACUGGAUGUAAUUCUUCAUAAGUAUAGAGAGUAUGGAUUAGAUUCUGAAAAAACAAUACUGGGAGUUUUGCCCUACGCAGUUUCUAUGUUAAAAAAGAUUGAAAAUUUAGAGUUUAAUAUGCCUUUAAAGAAUUUGCUUAAAGAUAAUACUAAGAAGUUACCAUUUGCAGAAAUCUUGAGGAUAGAGGAGGAAUUUGGGCUAUCUAAUGUUUUUGAGGAAUUGUAUGGUAGUCAAAUCCCUUUAAAUAAUUUGAGAUUAAAGAAUCAGAUUAGAUUAAUGAACGCGGAACUGGCUAUAAAUAAGGAAUCCAUUAUAGAUCUAGGCUUUGAUUUGCCCGAAUUUUUAGUUCAAUCCAAAGACUAUAUUAACUACACCUACUUUAUCAAGAGAGCAGCAUUGGUAAUAGACUUAUAUAAUAAGUUACUUCGUCAAAUGAAAAUAAAUAAUAUACCAAACCUCACAGAAAAUGAGGUAGAGAAAAUCAAUAAAGAGCUUUUAUAUAGGGAAGACUUUAAAAAUGUUGCUAAAUAUGAAUUACCAAAACUUUUAUCUGUAGAUAAGAUUCAGGACAUUAAGGUGGAGAUUGACUAUUUACAUGAUUUAAGGUAUAUUCCAGUAGUCUCAAUUGUAGUUAUCUUGAAAUCAGAAAAAGAAUCAAAAGAUAUGGCUAUAUCUAAGUGUAGAUUCAGAAUCUUACCGGUUAUCCCAGAGUCAUCCAAGCUAAAUAAGGAUUCUAUCUCAAUAUAUAGGAAUUCCGUAAGAAAAAGUAUUUUGAAUUACGAUACCUUUAAUUAUGGUCAAGAUAAUCUAAAUUCUUGUUUUUUACCACCAACACCACAGUAUAAUGGAGCUAUUUUAAGUGAUACAAAAAGUCAGAUGCUUAAAUUAUCUAUAAUUACUGAAGAAAUAUUAUCUUCAGUUAUGCUUGAAGAAACUCUGAUGCUUCUCAAACUUUGGUGUAUAAAAUGGAAGAUUUUUAAUCAUUUGAAAGUUAAUAACCAAUUUAAACUUUCUGGUCAGUUUAAUGAAGAAGUUCUUUUAUAUCUUCUAUUUCAUACUCUGGAGUUGAAUAGAGAUGCACUCAAUUCAAGAAAAACAAGUUCUUUCCAGAUAUUUAAGUUGGUAUUAAUGACUUUACAAAAAAUGAUUUCAAAUUGGAAAUUUCAAAAUAAAGAUCAAUCCGGUACCUAUUAUGUUUUUGGAGAUUCCUCUCCAAAAUUUCAUGAUAGAAUAUUUCUAAAAGAUAAGGAUUUUAAGAAGACUAAUUUAUUGCACUUAUUCAAUAGAGAUUAUAUUGGGAAUCAAAUUUUUAUUCUAACUGAUAAAGAAGAGGAAGUGUAUAAUGUAUUUUGGAGAUGUCAAGAUCUUGUAAAGGAAGAAUUACUAGAUAUUUUAAAUAAGACUUUGGGACUUAUUGAUAAUAAGGCAAUAAUAGGCUAUGCAGAAACAGUUUCUGAUAUGUUUAGUCUUGGAACAGAUUUUGAUAAUAAAAUAAGAGUUCAAAGUCAUGAUCAUAAUAAGAAACUAAAUGAUAUACCUCAAAUGCUUUCUUUACUAGAGUUUGAUUCUUGCAUAAUGAUUUCUUAUCCAAAUUGCUUCCAUAAUAUCCAGCUAAGUUAUCUGGUUCCACCAAAUAAUAAUAUUCCUAAAGAAAUCAGCUUGGGUGAAAAUUCAAACUCAAAGACUAUAAAGAGAAAUUUUGAUUCGAUUUGGGAAAAUUGUCAAAGUUCGAAUCUGGUUGAGAUCACGAGACGGAUAUUGUUAAGAAGUUUCACAGAUAGAGUGAAGAACUUAAAUUUUAGAGAAAUAAUAUCAAAAGAAAAGUUUGGAUGUAUUAUCGGUAUUAAAUUUGCUUCUAAAAUCACAAGAUCUAUUGAUAAAGGUCCUUUUGUUGAUAGUGUUGAAGCAAAACAAUUUAAAGAUUUUUGGGGUAGUAAUAUAAUUGAGACAAGAAGAUUUAGAGACGGCACAGUUUUAGAGACCGUAGUUUGGAAUAAUGAAAAUAAUUCAAAUAGUGAAUUUUUAACAAAUAAAGGAAUUAAUGAGGAUAUUUUAAGGUAUACAUUAAAUAGACAUCUUCCAAAAAUCACGAUUCAAUCUGAGUUGGGAACAGAAUUAAAAGAUGGUUUAGUAACCUAUUCAAUGACACCAUUUGGAUCUAUUAAUCCUUAUUUAAGUUGGGAAAAAAUUGUUCAUGAGGAGUUUUCAAACUUUAAAUCCAUUAUAACCGGAUUAACUUCUCUUCCUUUAAGUAUCAAAUCAAUUCAGUCACCUAGCUCAAUUUUAAGAUUCAUGAAAUUCUACACAAGUUUGAAUUCUAGUAUAGAUCAGGAAAAUAGAUUUAAAGAGGAGAUACAAUGUGUUAUAGAAAUGGAACAAUCUAACAAGUGGCCAAAAACUAAGGAGUCUAUUCAAAAAAUCAAAAUAGCUUUUUUGUUAUCAAUACAAAAAGAAUUGGGUGAAUUACAUUCUAUUACUUGCGAUAUUAUACCUGAAUAUGAUCAUAUAGAAGGUACCGAUAAUCCAGAUUUAAGAGGUUUCGCCCCAUUUUUAGAUGUAUAUUGGAAAGGAGAUAUCACAUUUAGAUUAAGUAUUUUCCAUCCAACAGAAUUAGAACAGAUUGCAAAAACGACUAUUGAGCCUGAAAACAUGUCUGAAAAAGUCGUAGAAGAAAACAUCAGAUUUUCCGGGGAAGAUAUUAACCAAUUACGCAAUUUGUGGUGGAAAACACAAAUAGGAGCAAAAUUACUAAAUUUAAGUAAUUAUUUCCCAUCCUUAAGAGAAACAGUUAAGAAAUUAAAACAUUUUGCAUCAGUAAAUAAGAUACCAGAUUCCGAGGAGUUUUUAGAACAUGUUGCUGCUUACGUAUAUACAAAUAAUGAUCUAAUGAAUAGUAUAUAUGGGGUACCGGAUACCUCAACAACUGGAUUUUUAAGAUCACUAUGGUUAAUUUCAAGAUAUGAAUGGGAAAAGAAGCCAUUAGUUGUAGACUUGGAUUUUCAAAUGACUGAGGAUUCUGAGAUGAAGAGAAUUUCAAUUGAGGAAUUCGAAAAGCUUGAUAGGAUCCAUUCAAUUUACUAUAAUUAUAUUAAGAAACAUAAACUAUUUAAGAAUUUCUUUUAUGUAUCAUCUCAAUAUGAUCCUCAAUCCUUAUUGAUUAAGCUUCCAAGCCACUAUAAUUCAAGUAGAUUGGUUCAUUUUGCAAAUUUAUAUAUAAAUAUUAUUGUUGAAAAGAAUUCAUUUAAUAUACCAAUAAAGGAGAUUAAAUCAUCAUUCAUGACUCAACCUAAAAAUGAUAUUAUUAUUCAUCUUCAGCAAGACUAUAUUGGUCUUAUUCAGCCUCAGUCUAAGAAGAUUAAGUUUAAUGUGUUAUCACUUAAGAAACAGUAUGUUAAUCUUAAUUCAACUCAGGAAUUACUAAGUAAUUGUAAUAUCAAGGCUUCUCCUUAUAAUGUUGCCAGGGAGAUUUUUGAGAGCUUUGUAUUAGAAGUUAAAUCACUCUGGAAUCAGCAAGUUGAUCUAAUAUACGACCCUUAUAUACUUCCUUAUCCUAGUAAAAUCUAUCUUAAAGUAAGAACUAGUCAAUUCUUUCCUUCAAAAAUUACUGAGAGUCAAAAGAAGAAUUUUCUUCCUGGUUGCAUUAUCUCCUAUUCUAAUAGUGAAUCUGAAACUUGCAAUGUUUUUACUAUACCUAAUUUACCUUUAAUUUUAAGCACAAUUUGGAGUAGAUAUUCUGGCUUUAUUACAAACAUACAGUUAUAA